GUUGAAGUGUAACAUUGGAAGUGGAUGAUCAGUAUGGAAUUGAAGAAUAUCGGUCUAAUCCUGUUGGUCUUCGGCACAAACUGCCUGUUGACUAGUGCGUGUAAUGGCGGCUACGAGAUGAUUAUCCAUAAAAUCGAGAAUUGCGGCGGUGGCAAGCAAGUUAUUACGAUCGACCCGCAAUCGACCGCCACUUUGACGGAGGAUUGCAAAGUACUUUCUAAGUCCACGGUCAAAAGUAUGGGAUUUAAAAGCGCUGAUAUGGCGGUUACUAUAUCGAAAAACGGCGUUCCGGUUGUUAAGGAGAAGAUUGAUCUGUGUGCCAGUAUGAGCGAUGCGAAGAGCAACAAGGAUGCAGCGGAAAUAAUGACCAUGUUUGGGGUUCCUGAUAAAUGCCCCGUCGAGGCGGGUGAGAUAAAAACCGAUGAAAGUCAGGCGUAUAGUUUGGAGAAAUACAAGCAGCACUUGAUGAUGGCGGAAGGAAAAAUACUGGUCGAUUGUAAAAUUAUGCACGAUAAUGGAGAGAGCUGCUUCAAAAUCGACAUAGAGGUUAAAAGGAAAGGGGGGCUGAUGGGAUAGAUAUGGAAUGCACCUGAGAGAUUGGAUGAAUAAAAAAAAAUGUUCUUUUGUUACCUUGAAUUCAAACCAGAACGUGCAGUUUGGAUGGCACAAACAGAGCGCCUGUUGAUCAGGCCAUCAUUUGAAAAAUGUAAUGAGGAAUAAUAUUAUAAUACUACGACAAAUUUUACUUUACUACUUAUUUUACUUAUCGAUUUCUAUUCAUAAAGCUAUGAAAGACGACUAGUUGUUAAAAUUUUGUUAAUUCACCAUGCAAUAAAAUCGUGCAACCAAAAAUAUUUUAUGAUACAGUUUAGGACAUAGACUUUAAUCAUCAUAUUAAUCAUGUUCGAAUUAUUUGAUCCUGAAACAGAUCCAAGCAGGAAUUACGUUCAUUUUGUUUAAAUUCCAUAUACUUGCGAAGUGAACAAA